UCUCAUUUUCCUUCCAUCCAAACAGCGGAUCUUCUUUACAAAAGAAAGAAAAAAAGGGACAAAACCCUAGACGUUGAAGCACAUUGCUUUCAGUUGCGGUAGUCCACACUCCAUAGAUCACACAGGACGAGAAUACAUUCUUCAUGCCAAAAUCCAAGCCCCAGAUUUUCAUCAGCAACGGGAGCCAAAUCUCCAUCGAACUUCCCACAGUGACACGGUUGCUCUAGGGCUUCAAAACGAGGCGUGGGCAAUGUUGUAAAUUUGUGGUUUUUAGGUUUCAUCUAUAAAGAGGAUGGAUAGUAAUUAUGAUCUCUUGGAGGAGCUCUUCAACGUCGAAUUGGAGCUUCAAGACGUCCAAGACCAGAUUAAGAAUUUGCUUGAUCGGCAAGAGAAGUUGCAUGAGAGACAAUCUGAACUGAAAAUCCUGUUGGAAGCAUGUAAAGGAUCAGGAAGCCCUGUAAAGGAUGGCGCUUCUAUUGCAGUAGAGAACUGGUCAGGGCCAUUUGAGUGGGAUGCUCAAGCAGAUGAUGUUAGGUUCAAUAUUUUUGGCAUAUCCGCAUAUCGUGCAAACCAGCGUGAGAUUAUAAAUGCAGUCAUGAGCGGAAGAGAUGUUCUGGUGAUCAUGGCUGCAGGUGGUGGUAAGAGCCUUUGUUACCAGCUUCCAGCUAUACUUCGUGAUGGAGUUGCUCUUGUUGUCAGUCCUUUGCUUUCUCUGAUUCAGGACCAGGUGAUGGGAUUGGCUGCUUUAGGAAUCCCAGCAUACAUGUUGACAUCUACUACUAGCAAGGAAGAUGAGAAGUUCAUAUACAAGGCACUGGAGAAAGGCGACGGAGACCUUAAAAUACUGUAUGUCACACCUGAAAAGAUAUCAAAGAGCAAGAGAUUCAUGUCAAAACUUGAAAAGUGUCAUCAUUCUGGCCGUCUCUCCCUCAUUUCAAUUGAUGAGGCACAUUGCUGUAGUCAGUGGGGUCAUGACUUUCGCCCAGAUUACAAAAAUCUUGGCAUCUUAAAGACUCAGUUUCCUGAUGUUCCAGUAGUUGCUUUGACUGCCACGGCAACGAAGAAGGUCCAAAAUGAUCUUAUGGAAAUGCUGCAUAUACCGAAAUGCAUUAAAUUUGUCAGCACAGUGAAUCGACCAAAUCUUUUUUACAUGGUACGCGAAAAGUCAUCUGUUGGAAGGGUGGUUAUUGAUGAAAUUGCUGAAUAUAUUCAAGAAUCAUAUCCAAAUAAUGAAUCUGGAAUUGUUUAUUGCUUCUCUAGGAAGGAAUGUGAACAGGUCGCAAAGGAAUUACGUGAAAGAGGAAUUUCAGCUGAUUAUUACCAUGCAGAUAUGGAUGUGAAUGCCCGUGAGAGAGUUCAUCUUCGGUGGAGCAAUAGCAAGUUGCAGGUCAUUGUUGGUACGGUGGCCUUUGGUAUGGGAAUUAACAAGCCUGAUGUCAGGUUUGUCAUCCAUCACAGCCUAAGUAAAUCAAUGGAGACAUACUACCAGGAAAGUGGUCGAGCUGGAAGAGAUGGACUCCCUUCUGAAUGCCUGCUCUAUUUUAGGCCUGGGGAUGUACCUAGGCAGAGUUCAAUGGUCUUCUAUGAGAAUUCUGGAUUGCAAAAUCUCUAUGACAUAGUACAAUAUUGUCAGUCUAAAAGGGAAUGUCGUCGAAAUGCUUUUUUUCGACAUUUUGCUGAGCCAUUGCAAGACUGCAACGGGAUGUGUGAUAACUGUGCAUUUUCAACUGAGGUCAAGGAAGUUGAUGUUUCUCGUCUUGCAAAAGCUAUGAUUUCUUUGCUGCAAGAUAUGCAAGACAACGAUCAGAGAUUAACAAUGUUGCAAAUGGUGGACAAGAUGAAGGUUAAGCAUAAGGACCUAGGUUCUGACCUAAGGAAAGAGGAAAUAGAGCACCUUGUGAUUCAGCUUAUACGGGAUCGCGUUUUGAAAGAAGAAUUUCAGCAUACAGCUUAUGCUACAAAUGCUUACGUGACAUUGGGACUAUUGUGGAAGCAAGUAUCGCAUGGAAAAAGGAUUGUUAAGCUUGAGAUUUCUACCAAAGUGAAGACUAAGACUGGUAACAUGAAAUCAUCCAAACGCAGCCUGACAUCUUCGGGUUUGGAGUUGAAGCUUGAUGAGCUACGAAAGGAACUCGCUUCCACUCAUGGAGGAAUAUUCCCUCAUUCUGUGUUGUCUACACAACAGAUUAGCAUCCUCAGUGCCCAGAAACCAACUUCAAUUCAAGAGUUAGAGACAAUGAUUGGAAAGCUGAAGACAGAGAAGUAUGGGAGUAAGAUUCUUGAAGAGAUUGCGAAGUACACCGAGACAGAGCAGCCUGAAAAUGUUGCUCCUGAUGACAGUACGUUAGGUGAAGGGCAAAGCAGUGAAAAGAAACCUACUAAGAGGUUGAAGACUGAUGAAGCGCAAGGCAGUGAAAAGAAACCUACAAAGAGGUUGAAGACUGAUGAAGGGCAAGGCAGUGAAAACAGGGCUACCAAAAGGCUGAAGUCCAAUAAGGCAGUGGUUCUGAUUGAGAGCAGUGGAGAUGAAACAUGACAGAAUUUGAAACAAACCGAUGACAGUGAUAUCGGACGCCCUUCUAUAAAUCUGCUGAACUCCCAGAAAAUGAGAAAGCACAGCCUUUGGAAAUCUAAUGGCAGGUAUGCAUUUCAAAUUUAACAGAAACAGGUUGAUAUUGCUCAAAUUUUUGCCUUUAUACUCACCAUCUCCAUGGCCUUUUCUGAAGGAAACGACAAGACAGCAGAGGGUUUAUUUAUUCAGUUAUGAUCAAGACAUCACCUAUGGAGGACUGUUAAUGAUAUGUGGAAGGAGAGAGUAUGCAAUUAAUCUCUCA